AAUGGUUGACACCUCCUCUCUUCCUUUUUAACUUUUCCUUUCCCGUCUUUCCCGUGCUUUGCGGAGUUGUAAGUACGGCGAUUAGGAAAUGCUGGACAUUUUUCAGAGCGCCCUUGCCCCCUCCGGGAAAAUGAAAACUCUCCGCCUCUGCCACCAUGCCAAUUAAUGUAGUGUAAUCGGUACUGUUUGCAACUGGAAAUCUGAGGGGUCCAUAUUCGUGUGCUGACACUGGAAGGCAUUGCCUACAUUAGCAUGACCCGGUCUACAGCCUAUACAAUGAUCAGCGAUGGGAGCACCCGCACUCAAGGUCCUGCAGGAAAACCUCAUAUCUUCUCCUCACUCUUCGCAAUGAAGGCUGAUGUCGAACCACAAACGGACAAUGCACAAGCAAUCAAAACUGGCUCUAGAGACAGUGAAGAUGCUGGGAAUCACCCUCCAGGCCUACUCACUUCAGUACUCGGGAAUAAUUGUCGCAUCAUUACAGACUUAUCAUCUAAAUUAGAGGCUGCCCUAAGCUUUAGUUUUGACAGCACUGAAGAUGCUAUCACUGGAGAACCAUCGAACUCUUCAAAGUCAGAACUGUCCCCUGGAAAGCAGCACUUGCUUCAACUUCACUUGGGCACAUCAGAAUGCAGCGUCACUGAGAAGGUUCAGCAGUGGAAAGAAAGCUCUCGUGUUGCAAAACGUACAUUUGGUAGCUGUAGAGAUCGUUCAGUAUAUGGUCAGCCACAAAUUUCAGCUGGAGGAUCACCAAAGCUUGUUGCUGGGCGACGAGAUGCCUCACAUGAGUCCCUCGAAACAUUAGACGAUAGUGGUCACAAUAGCAGUGCAUGCUCAGUCGAGCAAGAUGCUGUUUCUUCCGUCUUCCUCAAAGAUUCUGUUGGAAUUGGUAGUGAGUCCGACACCUGUGGGCCAAGUACAAGUGUCGAUUCUUCAGACACAGAGUCCCCAGUGCAUGGAGCACUACUACGAACUGCUUCUGACGAUGGUUCUUUGCACUCAUUGACGUCUAGCUUCAGUGGUGACAGCCAACGAGAUGAAGCGACUGAGUGGAUGGCAAAAUUCAUGAAGUCCUUUGUUGGCCGGAUAUUUGAAGAUCACAAUACUAUCAGCUUUGAAGAAAAGGCAUAUUUUGGAGAACUCUGCAGACACGAAGAUGGGAGGUUAUGGUUCUCCCGCUACGUGAACAUUCAGCGUGUCCAUAGCAAGAGAGUUAGUGAAUCAACAUUCUACAGUCUGGUACAGCACUUUGCUAUCGUACUCUUUGAGUGUGUUGAAGCAGAUGACUUCACACCUGCAAAAACUCUUAUGAACAUGUGCUUCACGUUUUAUCACGAAGUUAUGCGUAAUGGAUGCCUGAGAAAAGAAUAUCUCUACAUGUACCUAAAGGAGCAGCCCAUCUGGAAAUCUUUACGCUUCUGGAAUGCAGCAUUUUUCGAUGCAUUGCAGUCUGAACGCACACACAGGCCACUACCUACCAGAAGCGACAUCAGCAAUUAUAGUCCUGAAGACAUUCAAGAUGAGCAGACCUUCCAAGGAAAUCUGACUUUUGGGCAACUUGGAACCUUCACUCACAACAUGCACGCCUUUGGCCUGAGCAAAGAGUUCUGCUACGAAUUUUUACGGAAGCAGUGUGCCAUUGCAAAUCUACCUCAAGAGCAUGUAGCAGCACUCAAGGGUCAUAUCGAAUGGCUGUACAGAGCCUCAAAGCCUACAUCACAGUAGUUCAAGUCAUUAUACUGGUCAUCACUAGUCAUGAAGAUCCACAAAGGGAGAGGUUCUAAAGUGAAAGUCAAUUCACUACCCCAUUCUUCAUGUCACAAAGCAGUAAGAUCUGGAAACUGAAUGCAGGUUUGAAUUGCCCAGUUGUACUGGCUCUGUUGUGAUGGCAGAAUCAUAUUUCAGUAUGCAGUAACGUUACAUACCUGUAGUGUACAAACGAUGAUAUGGACCACAUGAUCACUUGGCUUUUUGAUAAGAAACAUACCCUACUGGCAAAGGCACCCAAGGGCCGUGCAUUUGACAUGUACUCGCUCUACUGGUCUGGUGUUGCUGUUCUUAUCAAUACUCAUAACAAGAAAAGACAUUAUGAACAAAAAUAUACCAGUAUCUCUAUUUUUAAGAUUGUAUCCCUGCCUUGCUACAAGGCAUCUGCCAAUUUAUGUUGACAGAAGUAGACACCAAAAAGUGAUGUGGUUCAUGUCAUAGUUCAGUGGAUUGUAUGUAGGGUCUGAGGUUUUCGGGUUUUACCUGAUUCUUCCCCGAAUUUAUCCCCUCAAAUCUCACAUUUAGUGAUCCGGGGGAAAAACCAGAUUUCUCCCCGAACCGGGAAGGAGGUGACACUGCAGCCGCGAGGGAGAAAUGCAUCAGACGUUUCCCCAGCGUCAAAACGUCGCGUGCACGCCGUGGCCUUGUAUGCGCGGCAAAGAAACGCCCACUGACGACCAUCUGAAAUGCAUGGGGCGCACGCCAGUGUUGCCACAUUCGUCGACCACAAGCAUUUGCCAGCGAAUAUCAGUAGUCGACAGAGUCCGGCGUACAGUCUCCGCAUGCGUUAAAAAAUUAGGUCUUCUGAGGUCACACGCACGUCGAGUGCGCAUGUCGCGCAAGCCAGCCCCGUCUUGGCUAACCUCUCCUACAACCCACAAUAAACAAACGAACAAAUUGCCGUAAAAACGUUGCGGCGCGCGUGGCUUCCGGCAGUUCCGUGUCUGUCGCGCCCAUUCGGGAUGGCUGUACCAAUCCGUGGCUAAAACAACGCCAAGCAACUUAGAUAGUUCUGAAACGAAAGGAGUCAGGAGCCAAAGUAAGCAGAAUUGCCGAUAAAUUGCCGAAUGUAACAGAACUCUGAUGCUCUUUUCUCCUACUUUGACGCGGAAAUGAAAAUGAAAAAGUUUCUCACGUGAAGACUUGUAACAGCGUCGCGUUAAGCGCAGUAGUACUUUAAUCUAUGUGCAGAUUUGAAUUACCAUUCCAUUCAGUGCAGGUUUGAAUUGCCAUAGACCUACACCACCCUUAUUUCGUUGCAGACAGUGUUAUUACUUAGUUUGGAAACUGUUUUCAUUAUAACAAGCCUGAUAAACCCGAUUUUUACAUGUAUCAUACAAUUCCAGAAAUUUUACACCCGAAUUCACCCAAAUUGGAUGCUGCUGUUUUCCACCCGAUUUUUAGCCCCCAAAUUUGGCAAAAAAUGUUUCCCGAAAAAACUCAGACCAUACUGUAUGUGGUACUGCACAGUGUAUAGAAUCAGGGGUGGCCAGCCUGUUCCUUUUUAUAUGUGCUGUUAUUAGUAGCAAUUACAUGGUGUACACUAAUUGCAAGCCAUGUUAACCCAUCAUCAUUAAUUAGUAACUUAUGCAAAUUAAAAAUACUGCUAAGCAGUAUACUAGAUUACAGUUUGUGACGAGACAUUUGUCCAGUAGUCUGUAUCAGAUGACCGCUACUCAAGAUCGUCCUGCGUGCCUGACAUUGGCCACCCCUGUUCAAAGUAUUAAAAGUGUUGACGGAUAAUUACAUAUCUGUGAAGAGUUUUAAUACUACGAGAAACUACAAGAUUUCUUGUGACUAGACAUGAGUCUCUCUAGUCUGCUGCAUUGUUAAAUGAUAUAUUUAUAAUAGCUUUAGGACAUGAUUUGAAUUUGUUUCAUUAGCACAUAGCGCAGGUCGCAUAAACCCAGCUGCAGUUUGUAGACCUUAAGCAUUGCAGUGGUCAUUAAAUAGUGUUGCUCAUGCA